AUGGUAUCAGAAGAAAUCUUGCCCACUGCUUCCAUGGCAAGAUCUUCAACUCGCUCCCAAGAUGGCGGUCCUCCAUCCACGGUCGACAAUUCUGCAGCUGAGAUCACGUCCGACUCCAUCGUUGCUACUAAUCUAACCUCUGUUACUACUCAUCGCAGAAAUCAUGCUUCCAGACUUCCAUCUAAUUCGAAUCUAGAGGCAGUUCAACCUCAAGAUCUAUCCCCCAUCUUCAAUGAUCUUCCCCCUACUGCUCCUCACUUCCAAUCGAUUCGUCCUGUCAACGACGAUAUCUCCAGUCCUUUCUUUCUGAGUACAUGCAAUCAUCCCGGAUUGAUUCUUGUCUCCAACGUCCUCAACGGCAGCAACUACCAGUCCUGGAAAAGAGGCAUCAUGAUGGCUUUGGCUGCCAAGAACAAGAUUUCCUUCAUUGAUGGCUCCCUUCCUCGGACAGAAAUCGAUAAUCCCUCUCUUAAUUCUUGGCUUAUAUGCAAUAACAUGGUUAUGUCAUGGCUUGUCAAUUCGGUUUCUCAAGAAAUCGCCCAAAGUAUCAUGUACUUUGAUUUAGCCACCGAUAUGUGGAAUGAUCUUGCUGAAAGAUUCAAUGAAGGAAAUGGUCCUCGAAUCUUUCAGCUACAAACACAACUUACCCGAUUACAACAAGGUGAACAAUCGGUUUCCUCCUACUUCACCAAAAUGAAAUCCCUUUGGGAUGAGUUGAAGGAAUUUCAACCAAUCACCACUUGUACUUGUGGUGCGAUGAAAAUCUUUUUAGAUUACUAUAACUAG